AAGUUAUUCUAAGAAAGCCGGAAGUGACGGAGAGGCUAGCGCUGGACAGUUCAUAGUCCAUGGCUACGGUUCCUUCGGGUAGCGCAUGCGCCUUGCUUCGCGCACAGGUACGUCAGCGAUUGUUGUUGUUUCGGCGCGGGGAAAGAUGGAGACGGAUGGUGGAGUCUCCCAGCAACUCCUAAGGGAGUUCACAGCAAUAACCGGCGAUGGGGCGACAUUCCCUCUGUAAGAUCAGACAUGCAGCACUCAACAUCUCCUCCUAGCCGACUUCUGCCCAAACCGGAAGUUCAAUGUUACUGCUGCACGGAGGAUUUAUUCAGCUGCUUAGUAAUAUAUCUCCGUCUUCAUUUAAUUCAGGUGCCAGUGAAAGUGUGGGAAAGCACAUGCUGGAGGCAUGUAAUCACAACUUAGAGAUGGCAGUCACCAUGUUUUUAGAUGGGGGUGGUAUAGCCGAUGAGCCUAGCACAAGCUCUGCUUCAUCAUCUACAGCCCGACCUGCUCCAGAUUUAAGUGAUGAUGUUCGAGCGCCAAUACCGCAGAAACAAGAAAUCCUCGUGGAGCCAGAAAUAUUUGGUGCUCCUAAAAGACGAAGACCUGCUCGUUCUAUAUUUGAUGGCUUUAGAGAUUUCCAGACUGAGACCAUUCGUCAAGAGCAGGAGCUGAUAAAUGGAGGGGCAGUGGAUAAGAAGCUCACCACAUUGGCUGACCUUUUUAGGCCCCCUAUUGACCUUAUGCAUAAAGGCAGUUUUGAGACGGCCAAGCAGUGUGGGCAGUUGCACAACAAGUGGCUGAUGAUCAACAUUCAGAAUGUGCAAGAUUUUUCAUGUCAGUGCUUGAACAGAGACAUUUGGAGCAAUGACACAGUAAAGACACUUAUACGGGAGCAUUUCAUCUUCUGGCAGGUUUAUCAUGACAGCGAAGAAGGUCAAAGAUAUAUUCAAUUCUACAAAUUGCCAGAAUUCCCAUAUGUAUCGAUCCUUGACCCUCGUACAGGUCAGAAGUUAGUAGAAUGGCACAAACUGGAUCCAAAUUCCUUUGUGGAACAAGUUACGGGAUUUCUUGGGGAACAUGGACAGCUCGAUGGCCUUUCAUCUAGUCCCCCUAAAAAAAGGUUACGCUCUGAAAAUCUUAUAGAUGCAAGUGAGGACAGCCAACUAGAAGCUGCUAUUCGUGCCUCAUUGCAGGAGACUCAUUUUGAUUCUGCAGUCAACGAACAAACCCCUCGAUGUGAGGAGGAGUCCGAAUCAGAACUCUAUUCUGGUAGUGAAGAAUUCAUUUCAGUUUGUGGCUCUGACCAUGAGGAGGACGAGGAGAGGCCAGCUCCAGAAUCAUCUGCUGAACCAGAAUCCUGCGGCAAGUCCAAGAAGUCCACCGUGAAAGACCUAAGUCACAGGAAAGAAGAAGUGGGCAGGACACAUCCAAUAGUUGUAGAGGAAACUUCGAACCAUCGCUCACCAGCAGAUACAGCACCUAGUGAAGAACAUCACAGGGACUCGGAGUGUUCAUCAGAUGUAUCUGAUAAUGGACCAAAAGCAAAGUUGAUGCUGCGUUAUCCUGAUGGAAAGAAGGAACAGAUUGCCUUACCUGAACAAGCUAAGCUGAUGGUGCUGGUGCGACACGUACAACUGAAAGGCUAUCCCAACGAACGUUUUGAGCUCCUCACAAACUUCCCCCGGCGCAAGCUUUCACACUUGGACUAUGACGUUACGUUACAAGAAGCUGGUUUGUGUCCACAAGAAACUGUCUUUGUGCAGGAAAGGAAUUAGGAUCUUCUAUGCCCUGUCAUCACCCCACUUGCUGUCUCCUGCCUCUUCUAAUAAGAUUCUGCCUCUCAGUCUGUUUUCUCCCCUCAUCAUUCGUUCAUGCGUGGGUAUGACAAAUCCCCCCAUCUUCCUUGCUCAUUAUGGGAACAAAGAGGAGUAAUUAACACUGUGACUCAGGAGAGGCAAGAUCAUUGCACUGUGAGGGAGAAAAACUCCUUCUCAGGAUAAAAGCAUUUCAUGUAUUCCUCCAUCAGUCCAGGGGGACUCAGAGCACAUUCCUUGUUCAAUCAACACCCAGGCUCUGACCUCUUUUUUUUUUUAGGGUGCUCCAGAUGAAUCUUUGGAUCUGUUUAAGGCAUAUCCAGAGUGUGGAAAGGCAAGAACAGUAAUGGCAGUUGUGAGUGACUAUAAGUUAUUUAUUACCCUUAUUUUGGAACCAAUAUGGUAAUAUAUUUUUUUUGUAUAUUCUUAAAACACUUGGUAGCCAAGCAUUCUGGGAUUAGUCUCUCCUGUAUUGAGAGGUUGGUUGAAAAAAAUCUGUGUUUUAAAGUAAAGCUUGCUAUGAAACGUU